ACUUCCGUCCAGGUGAGGGCAGCCGCUGUACUUCCGCCAGGUGAGGAGGCCGAGCUCGCAGCCCCGGGGCUCCCACCCCGCUGUCGCCUGACCAGGCUUUUUGGAAGUGAUUGAAAAGAAUAAUCCAAAAUGCCUGAAAAUCCUGCUGCAGAGAAAAUGCAGGUCCUGCAGGUCCUCGAUCGCCUGAGAGGGAAGCUGCAGGAGAAGGGAGACACGACGCAGAACGAGAAGCUGUCUGCGUUUUAUGAGACGCUGAAGAGCCCUCUCUUCAACCAGAUCCUUACACUGCAGCAGUCCAUCAGGCAGCUGAAGGGACAGCUUAGCCACAUCCCCUCAGAUUGUUCAGCCAGCUUUGACUUUUCUCGAAAGGGUUUGUUAGUGUUCACGGAUGGUUCUAUUACAAAUGGGAAUGCCCACAGACCUUGUAGUAAUGUAACUGCAUCUGAAUUGUUGCCUUGGACUCAAAAGCCAGGAAAGGAAGACUUUAAUUCAGUCAUUCAGCAGAUGGCUCAGGGCCGGCAUGUUGAGUAUAUAGAGAUAGAACGCCCUUCAUCUGGAGGCCUUGGAUUCAGUGUGGUGGCUGUGAGAAGCCAAAGCCUGGGAUUCACUGAUAUCUUUGUGAAGGAAGUCCAUCCAGGGAGUGUAGCAGACAGGGAUCAUAGAUUAAAGGAAAAUGACCAGAUUUUGGCCAUCAAUGACACCCCAUUGGAUCAGAAUAUUUCCCAUCAGCAGGCGAUUGCAUUACUACAACAAGCCACUGGAUCUCUGCGGUUGGUGGUGGCUAGGGAAGCAAGCCACACACAGGUCCGAACCUCCACCAGCUCAGCUGACACAACUCUGCCAGAAACGGUGUGUUGGGGCCACACUGAAGAUGUUGAGCUCAUUAAUGAUGGCUCUGGAUUAGGUUUUGGGAUAGUUGGAGGGAAAUCCAGCGGCGUGGUUGUGAGGACUAUUGUUCCCGGAGGAUUGGCAGACCGAGAUGGAAGACUGCAGACAGGGGAUCAUAUCUUGAAGAUUGGUGGUACAAAUGUGCAAGGAAUGACCAGUGAACAAGUUGCUCAAGUGCUAAGGAACUGUGGGAAUUCAGUGAGGAUGCUGGUGGCCAGAGACCCUGUUGGUGAAAUCGCAGUAACACCUCCUACCCCUGUCUCCUUACCUGUUGCCCUACCUGUUGUAACCACAAGAACCCUUGAUUCUGACAGUUCUCUUUUUGAAACUUACGAUGUUGAACUUGUCAAAAAAGAUGGACAGAGUCUUGGGAUUAGAAUUGUUGGCUAUGUUGGAACAGCUCAUCCAGGGGAAGCUUCAGGAAUCUAUGUGAAAAGUAUAAUCCCAGGCAGUGCUGCAUACCACAAUGGCCAAAUUCAAGUGAAUGAUAAAAUUGUGGCUGUGGAUGGUGUCAAUAUUCAGGGCUUUGCUAAUCAGGAUGUUGUUGAAGUGUUGCGGAAUGCGGGGCAGGUGGUGCACCUGACCCUAGUUCGAAGGAAAACAUCUUUAUCUGCUUUGCCAUUUGAACAGCCUUCAAACAGAGAAACUGUUGCAGAACCACCUAAAGUACCAGAACUAACUGAGUCCCUGGAACCAGAAACUAAUUUGAGUAUGGAAGCAGAGGAAAUUGGAGAAAGACUGGAUAAUCUAAAAAAGGACACUGUCCAAGCCUUAGAAAAACCAGAUAUAUAUCCAGAGAAAGUCCCAGGCUCUCCAGAAAAUGAGCUGAAAUCCAGAUGGGAAAACCUACUGGGCCCAGAUUAUGAAGUAAUGGUAGCCACUCUGGACACACAGAUUGCAGAUGAUGAGGAGCUACAGAAGUACUCAAAGCUGCUGCCUAUCCACACUCUCAGGCUUGGUAUGGAAGUCGACUCCUUUGAUGGACACCACUAUAUCUCCUCAGUUGCUCCUGGGGGUCCUGUGGAUACCCUGAACCUCCUGCAGCCAGAGGAUGAACUUCUCGAGGUCAAUGGCAUUCAGCUUUAUGGGAAGUCUCGCCGAGAAGCAGUCUCCUUUCUUAAAGAAGUGCCCCCACCAUUUACCUUGGUUUGCUGCCGCCGGCUGUUUGAUGAUGAGGCCUCUGUUGAUGAGCCGAGAACCAUGGAACCAUCUCUUCUUGAGGCAGAGGUUGACCGCAGUGUAGAUGUCAGCACUGAAGAGGAUGACGAUGGAGAAUUAGCCCUGUGGUCUCCUGAAGUCAGGACUGUGGAGCUGGUGAAAGACUGCAAAGGUUUAGGAUUCAGCAUUUUGGAUUAUCAGGAUCCCCUGGAUCCCACAAGGUCCGUGAUUGUGAUUCGCUCCUUGGUGGCAGACGGCGUAGCAGAAAGAAGUGGAGAACUUUUACCUGGAGAUCGCCUAGUCUCCGUCAAUGAGUUCUCUUUGGACAACGCCACUCUUGCCGAGGCUGUGGAAGUGUUGAAGGCUGUACCCCCAGGUGCGGUGCACCUUGGCAUCUGUAAGCCUUUGGUGGAAGAUGAGAAGGAAGAACAUUUUAGUUUACAUUCAAACAACAAUGGAGACAACAGUGAGCCUCCAGAAACAGUUCACGAGAUCCACUCAUCUCUAAUCCUCGAGGCACCCCAGGGAUUUAGAGAUGAGCCUUAUCUUGAAGAACUGGUGGAUGAACCUUUUCUAGAUUUGGGAAAGUCUUUGCAGUUCCAAGAAAAAGACAUGGACAGCAGCUCCGAAGUCUGGGAAAUGCAUGAAUUCCUGAGCCCUCCGCUGGAGGGAAGGGCUGAGGAGAGAGAGAUGCUUGUUGACGAGGAGUACGAGCUCUAUCAAGAUCACCUCCGGGCCAUGGAGUCACACCCACCACCACCAUGCAUUCGGGAGGCCGCUGCUGCAUCUCCCAGGCUGGAACUCCAGGCUGGCACACAGUGGCUGCAUGCUAACCUCUCAGGAGGCGAAUUGCUAGAGUGUCCCGAUGCAGAGUCCAUGAUGAGUGCAUAUCCCCAGGAGAUGGAGCAGUAUAGCUACAGCACCACAGACAUGAUGGAAGAAACGUUUGGCCUUGAUUCCCGGCCGCCCAUACCCUCCUCUGAAGGCAGUGGUCAACACGGCAGAUUUGAUGACAUGGAACAGCUUCAUUCACUAACGAGCAGCAGCCUGGAUUUAGGCAUGAUGAUUCCGAGUGACUUGCAAGGCCCUGGCGUGCUUGUUGACCUCCCAGCUGUUGCCCAAAGAAGACAACAGGAAGAUUUGCCUCUGUACCGACUCCCCAGCGCCCGGGUUGUCACCAAACCUUCAUCCCACAUGGGAAUGUCUUCACGGCAUGCAAAUGCUGCAUGUGAAUUACCCGAGAGAGAGGAAGGUGAAGGAGAGGAAACACCAAACUUCAGCCACUGGGGUCCACCAAGAAUUGUUGAAAUUUUUAGAGAACCUAAUGUGUCUCUUGGCAUCAGCAUUGUUGGUGGACAAACAGUUAUAAAACGCCUCAAGAAUGGAGAGGAACUCAAGGGUAUAUUCAUCAAACAAGUAUUAGAAGACAGUCCUGCAGGAAAGACCAAUGCACUUAAAACUGGAGAUAAAAUACUUGAGGUGUCUGGUGUAGACUUGCAGAAUGCCUCACAUGCAGAAGCCGUGGAGGCAAUCAAGAGUGCAGGAAACCCUGUGGUGUUCGUGGUACAGAGCCUGUCAUCCACCCCCAGGGUGAUCCCAACUGUGAAUAACAAAGGCAAAACACCUGCCCAGAACCAGGAUCAGAACACUCAAGAAAGGAGAGCUACGAGGCACGGAACAGCUCCACCUCCAAUGAAGCUGCCCCCACCUUACAGAGCUCCAUCUGCAGACAUGGAGGAAAGUGAAGAAGACUGUGCCCUGACCGACAAAAAGAUCAGGCAAAGAUAUGCAGACCUUCCCGGAGAAUUACACAUUAUCGAACUGGAAAAGGAUAAGAACGGGCUGGGACUCAGUCUCGCUGGCAAUAAGGACAGAUCACGGAUGAGCAUAUUUGUGGUGGGGAUUAAUCCAGAGGGACCUGCUGCUGCAGACGGACGGAUGCAGAUUGGAGAUGAACUGCUAGAGAUAAACAACCAGAUCCUUUAUGGAAGAAGUCAUCAGAAUGCGUCUGCCAUUAUUAAGACUGCCCCGACCAGGGUCAAACUGGUUUUCAUUAGAAACGACGAUGCAGUCAAUCAGAUGGCCGUCGCUCCCUUCCCAGUGCCAUCACAUUCCCCAUCGCCUGUUGAGGAUCUGGGUGGCACUGGGCCUCACUGUAGUGAGGAAGACAGCGGUGUGGAUGCUAAACAUCUGCCUGAACCAGAAAGCUCCAAACCGGAAGACUUGUCCCAGGUGGUUGAUGACAACAUGGUGGCAGAGCAGGAGGAGGCAUCAGAGUCACCUGACAGUGCUGCCUGCCAGAUAAAACAGCAAACAUAUUCAACACAAGUCUCCUCCAGCUCACAAGAGACCCCAUCAGCACUGACUCCCUUGUGUCAGUCAGCACAUGCAGAUGUCACAGGCUCUGCUAACUUCCAGGCUCCCCUCUCAGUGGACCCUGCUCCUCUCUCAGUGGACCCUGCAACAUGUCCCAUUGUCCCUGGCCAGGAAAUGAUCAUAGAAAUAUCCAAGGGGCGCUCUGGGCUUGGUCUCAGCAUUGUUGGAGGAAAAGACACACCUUUGGAUGCUAUAGUUAUCCAUGAAGUCUAUGAAGAAGGUGCAGCAGCCAGAGAUGGAAGAUUAUGGGCUGGAGACCAGAUAUUAGAGGUUAAUGGGGUUGAUCUGAGGAGCUCCAGCCAUGAAGAAGCCAUCACAGCCCUGAGGCAGACCCCCCAGAAAGUGCGGCUAGUGGUAUACAGAGACGAGGCACAGUACAGAGAUGAGGAGAACUUGGAGGUGUUCCUUGUGGAUCUGCAGAAGAAGACUGGCCGAGGACUAGGACUGAGCAUUGUUGGGAAACGGAGUGGGAGCGGAGUGUUUAUUUCCGACAUCGUGAAAGGCGGAGCCGCAGACCUCGAUGGGAGGUUAAUUCGAGGAGACCAGAUCUUGUCUGUGAAUGGAGAGGACAUGAGACAUGCCUCACAGGAAACUGUGGCCACAAUCCUGAAGUGUGUCCAGGGCCUUGUCCAGCUGGAAAUUGGGAGACUCCGAGCAGGUUCCUGGGCCUCCUCGCGGAAGACCUCACAGAACAGCCAGGGGGAUCAGCACAGUGCACACAGCAGCUGUCGGCCUUCUUUUGCCCCAGUUAUCACCAGCCUACAAAACCUGGUUGGCACAAAAAGAUCUUCAGAUCUUCCCCAGAAAUGCACAGAGGAGGAACCAAGGACUGUUGAGAUAAUCAGAGAGCUCAGUGAUGCCCUUGGGAUCAGUAUCGCUGGAGGAAAAGGAAGUCCUUUAGGAGAUAUCCCAAUAUUUAUUGCCAUGAUUCAGGCCAGUGGAGUGGCCGCACGUACCCAGAAACUUAAGGUUGGAGAUCGGAUUGUAAGCAUUAAUGGGCAACCUCUGGAUGGACUGUCUCACACAGAAGCUGUUAAUCUCCUGAAGAAUGCCUUCGGGCGCAUUAUCCUGCAGGUUGUGGCAGAUACCAACAUAAGUGCCAUAGCGACUCAGCUGGAAAUCAUGUCUACAGGCUCCCAGCUUGGCUCUCCCAUUGCUGACCGACAUUUGGAAGACACAGAGGAGCAGCUGCAGAGGACGGCCGAUUAAAGCGAGGUGACCAGAUCCUAGCUGUCAAUGUUGAGACCCUGGAAGGCAGUAUACCCAUGAGCAAGCUGUCUCCGUUCUAAAGCAGCAGAGAGGAACUGUGGCCGAGAGCCACCGGUCCUGAUCAUGACACAGUUUUUAAUAAGACUACAGCAGGAUUCUGUGGCUUCCAGUUGGGAUGAAAAGUUGCCUCGGCUAAAACUCAGCGUCAUCGUUGGCUCCGAUUCUGUUUGCACAAACCGGAGCUGCUGUCUCUGCUUCCUACUCACAUCCCUCAUCCCCACAGAGGCUUAACUCAAGCUCCCGUGGUUUCAUCUAAUGAGUAGAAACAAAGGUUUAGCUUGUCAUCUUAACUCGUGAUUUACUUAUGCUAAUUUGCCUCUUCAAAUAAACCAGAAAACAUUAGCAGUGUAAUUAACUUCCUCGCAAUGAACUAUUGAUACUCUGCCGCUGGGAAUCACUGCAGACUGUGCUGUGUGACUCAGUCAAGUAGACUUCACGUCCCUGUCUCCAGAUAGAUCUGUGUGUUCGCCGCUGGCGAUUGAUUCUACGGAGUCCAUUUACAAACUCUGUAAUCUACUCAGCAUCCUAAUAGGUUUUGUUUCUGAGUUUGACAAGCGCACACACUGAUGAGCAAGUGCGCCUUGGUCUCCAUAGGAACAAGUAACCCUCAAGCUUGAUUGAGUUCUAGCCAGGCUAGCUCACAUUGCUAACUGGGAGUGAUGGGGCAUCGUAGCAGGUCGGAAUCACCCGUUCCCAACCCCGACCCUGACCCCGACCCCGAGUAGACUGCAGGCAAAGGAGGUGGAAACCCUGGACCACACAGUAGAGAUAAGUUUGAGCGGCCUCAGCCUUACUGGAAAUGAGUUACAAGUUUGGUUUGCCUUUCCUUCACCUUUGUACCAGACUGCAAAAUGGCUCAGCCUGAAACAGCUAUGUGCAGCACUUGAACAUAAAAGCAACUGAGCAAAUGCCCUGGGAAUCAGACAUAGAAGUGCUUAUCUUGAGUUUCCCAGUCUCUGCUUCCUAUUGGUUGAAGUUCUAUAGCUAAGAAAGCAACUGUGGCCAAGAAAGAGCAUAAGAGUGCUUUUAGAGAGAAAUAGGCUGGGAAGGAAGAGGCUCAUCACUGAGCUCUGUGAAUCCUCUCCUGAAAACAAAGGAGAGUACCACGAAGGGUGAGUGCAGAGUCAACUAUAGAUGUGGUUUAGCGUUAUGUAACUAUAACUCGAUGCUGCAGAUUGUUCAGUAAUUACCUGGAAUUUAAUGGGCCCUAAUUUAAAACAUUAUUUAGUUAGAAUUGUAACUGAGAGUCCUUUGAGUAGAUGCACUCACGGAGUGCAUUAAUGCUUGCUGAGAUAGUGUUGUGACUAUUCUAAAGUGCAGAAUGCCUCAAUUUUAUGUUGACAGUAUUUCAAUGACUAGUAUUAGGUUUUGUGAGAUUCUGUAGGGUUUCUAGAAUUUAUAAUAUAUCCAAGAUUUAUGGUUUCGUUAGGAUCUCAUCUCCCAGUUCAUGAGAAGCCACCAACCUCAGUGUCCUGUGUAAAUGGUACCUGCAAAAAGACCUCAAGCAGCAGAGACCAAAUGAAGCCCAAAUGAAACUGCACCUUAAAACAUAAAGUUAGCGGCUUUAAUGCUGUCUAAGUGGGAUCCCCCUGCUUAGUUUUGAUGGAAUGUCGUUAAAUACACAUUUUGAAAUAACA